AUGGCUCCUAAGAAGAAGGAACAGCAGAAGAUGUCCCUUGGGGACUUUCUGGCUGACAGCUUUGGUGGAGGCUCAUCUUGGGCUGAUGAGGUAGAGGAAACCUCUUACGUCACUGGCACUCAGGCUCUGCCCCCUUCCGACCGGCCUCGGUACAACAACAACGCUGCUUCCAGCUGGCAGGACCGGGGUUUCUCCGUUCGCGAAGCUGCCCCUCAAACCCUCCCCGACAAGCCUCCUUAUACCGCUCACUUGGGCAACCUUUCCUACGAUGUUACCAACGACGCCGUGGGUGAAUAUCUCGCGGACUGUGGUGUCGUCAACGUCCGCCUUAUCGAGGACCGUGAGUUGCAGCGCCCCAAGGGCUUCGGCUAUGUCGAAUUCGAGACUCUGGAUGGCCUCAAGAAGGCUCUUACCUUCGACGGCGAGAACUUCAACGGACGAAUGAUCAAGAUCAAGGUCGCCGAUCCUCCUCGUGGCGGUGAUCCUGGCCGAGGUGACUCUAUCCGUGAGAUGGGUAACUGGGACCGCAAGGGACCUCUGCCCGAUGCCCCUUCAAGGGGUGGUGCUCGUGACUUCGGUGACCGUGAGCGACGGCCUCGUGAUCCUGCUUUCGAGUCUCGCCCCCAACGUGAGUUCACCUGGGAGCGACAUGGACCCCUGGCCCCUCUCUCUCCACAAGAUGGUUCCGGAUCCCGAGACGGCAGCCGCCCCCGUGCUUCUCCCGAUGUGCUUGGUGACCGUAGUGAAUCUUACCGAGGAAACCGCCGGGAUUCUCCUGCUUGGGGCGAGGCUCGCGAGGGUGGUUCUCGUCCUCGUCCCGAACGCCCUGAGCGACCUGAGCGAACUGCUACUGCUGCUGAGAAGGACAUGCAGUGGCGCGAGAGAAUGCGUCCCGAUGCUGCUAAGGCUACCUCCCCUGACGGUAGCGCACCCCCAUCUCCCGCUCUUUCUAACGCCGCACCUGCUCAGGGUGGUCGCCCUCGCUUGAACCUCCAGAAGCGAACUGUUUCCGAGGCCCCCGAUGCUUCAUCAACAUCCCAGGGCUCUGAUUCUAAGGCCAGCCCCUUCGGCGCCGCUCGUCCUAUCGAUACCGCAGCAAGGGAGAAGGAGAUUGAGGUCAAGCGCCUGCAGGCUAUCCAGGAGAAAAAGGAGGCCGAUGAGAAGGCCAAGGAGGAGCGAAAAUUGGCGAAGGAGGCUGCUGCCAAGGCUGAAGCUGAGGCUGCCGAGAAGGCUGAGGCCGCUGAAGCCAAGCAAGCCGCUGAAGCUGCCGAGGCUAAGCAGACCGCUGAGGCAGCUCCUGAGGCAACAGAACCCAAGGCUGAAGCUUCCGACGGCGCCAAUGGCGAGCAGAAGGUUCCUAUCCGAAACCGCGAGCCCCGAGAGGGUGCUCCCAAGUCAAGAGCAACCGAAGCUUCAAGCUGGCGCUCUGCCUCAAACGACCAGCGAGGACCCCGUGGAGGAGCUGGACCUCGGGGCGGUCGUGGUGGCCGUGGCGGCAUUCGGGAGGCACGAGCUGGACCUCUCCGCUCCAACGGAUCAGCUGCUCAACAACCUGCGUCUACUGAUGCCGAGCCUGCUACACCCACAGCUGACGACGACGGUUGGACUACAGUGCCCAACAAGAAAGGUCGCCAGGGACGUGCGAUGGCACCCUAG